AUGACCUGGGUGUCCAAAUGCCUGGCCAUGGUGGCAAUGGCCCUCAUGACCCGUGGCGAGGAUCUGGAAGAACGGGCACUGCAUCAAGACGAUCAGUGCACAGGAGAGCAGUGUGCGCUGAAUGCGUUGCAGCAUCGGGGAGCAAAAAUCGCCACCGAAGCUGUCGAGGCCGAAGAGCUUCAGGCAGAAGAUGAGGUGGAGGACAUGGUGGACACCGAGGAGGACUUGGGAGUCAACUACACAGAGCUGAUGGAGUACGGCUGCUUUGCUAAGCCGUCGAACAUGCGUCUGUCCUGGAGAGCCAGUGGUCGAGACUUCUUCCAGCAGUUCACGUUUGUCACGCAGGAUGACACACAUGGAGCUCACAAGUAUCUCAACUUUCACGACGCAGUGAGGCAUGGAGUGAUUGGGGCGACUAACCACGGCUCUGUUUUCAUGAAGAUCGGCGGUAUCGAGCCCACAGGUGAGUGGAUCGCGCCGUACAAGCGUCAUUCGGUCAUGAUCCACUCCAACUACGCUUGGCAUCCACAGGAUG